UCUUUGAAAAGAAUCCUUGGCUCUCUGAAAGAAUCAGUGGUAAAAUUGUUUCUGUAGUUUAAAUGUUCUGGCUAGGUUACAAAAGCAGACAGUUGCUUAACAAGUUAACAUUAAAUAUUAAAGAAUAAAUGUAGCAUUACAGCAUUAAGUUUAAUUGUUUCUGGCUACAUAUAACUCAGUCCUUGGUUAACACAAAGUUAGUGUAUCAGGGCGGAAAAAUUAAUGACAGUGAAGUUUCGAUUUUGAAAUUAAACACAAUGUGUUUCUAAACACAGAAAAACGCCUGGAAUUUUACCUUUAGAAAUGUAUCUGCAGCUCGGAACCUAUUAAAGCUAUUUCCGUGAGCCUUUUUCUCUUUUGUGCCUACGUCACCGAUUUAAGGUUUUUAUUUAUUUAAUUUUAAGAAGAAAAAAGAGGUUCUGUAGAGAGCAUCGUGUCUGCUAACCACAAGUAAGACCAGAAAAGGACUAGUGGGGGUGGGGGUCGCUGCAAAGGGUUGGUAUGGCAGCAUCUGAGGAUAAGAAGGAAGCUUAUACAGCACUCCCUUCUAAUCUUAUUCCACCCAAGAAAUUUGGGAGAAUGUGCAAAAGCAGCAGCCCAGCAUUCUUGAAGGGGCGUGGCUUCCCUCCAGGGGCUGUCCAAUCGAAUUCCUUCAAAGGGAGCUAUCCGCGGAAGAUUGAUGAGGGUUGCUAGGAAACAGGAGCGUCCCCCUCCCUCCUGACCCAGAGAUUGUUCUGCACAAGCCCUCUCCAGGGGCUUGCAAUGUGCAGUUGAGCGGCGUGUGGGGCAGAGCUGCACAUCAGCCUCCCAGCCUCACUCCCUCUCUGCUCCAGCAUGCGGUCCUCCCACUGCACUGGGACCGAAGGAGAGUUCUUCCAGAGCUGACAGUCCGGUUCUCCCGCAGGCCAAGAGCUCUAGCAGAGCUUCAAAGUUAGAGCCGCUGAUCUCUCCUCCGCCACACUCCCUUUCACCCCACCCCUCUCAAAUUCCCCAACCUUUGCAUGCACUGCCUAAGGAUUUCAAACAGAAAGAAGGAAAGAAGCCAGCAAAACUACCCCGGCUUUCCGUAUAAUAAUCCUCUCUGUCUUGGUACCCUGGCUCACUGAAGACUCUGCAGAUACACCCCUAUUAAAGGGAGGGAGUGAGGGAGAGAGAGAGAGAGAAAGGGAGGAAAGGAGAAAGAGAAAAUGAGGAGAGAAUGCUGUGCCUCUGCCGAGAGUCCCAAUUAGAUGCGAAGGUUUCAGUCUGGCCAAGGUGAAUGAAAGUUGCUUCCAAGCCUGGCAAGUGGGUUUGCCUGUAAGGAGGAGAGGGACUCAUUUGGGAACCGCUCCCCUCCCCAAGACCACUAGGUCCCCCCUUUACCCAACCUCCUCCCUCUCUUCUCCUCCCACCCUCCCUUUUCCCACUCCCCACUGAUUCGGAAGCCUGGAUGCUCUGCCACCGGGCAGUGGUCCAGCGCAAAGCCUGGAGGGGGCGGGGGCAGGGGGCACUGUGACAGGAAGCAGCGCGCACAAGUUGGCCAUUUCGGGGGCAAAAUAAGUUCUCCCGUGGAUUGGGAAAGGACAAAGCCAGCAAGCUACCUCUUUUGUGUCGGAUGAGGAGGACCGACCAUGAGCCAGAGCCAGGGUGCGGGCUCUGCUGCCGCUGCUGCCACCGUGGUCAUCUCCAGUCCCUGCCAGGAGUUUUCGGUACGAGGAGUUUGGUGACAGUCCCUGUUAGUCUGUUCCUCCUUUAUAUGAAGGACAGACCAAAGAUCCAGUUUGGAAAUGAGAGAGGAGGACUAGAGGGCAACACUGGCUCCACCCAUUGAUAUUUACCAGAGGUACAGAAGACAGAUUCACGAAGAUGUUGACAAGACUGCAAUUUCUUACCUUAGCUUUGUUUUCAAAGGGAUUUUUACUUUCUUUAGGGGACCAUAACUUUCUGAGGAGGGAGAUUAAAAUAGAAGGUGACCUUGUUUUAGGGGGCCUAUUUCCCAUUAACGAAAAAGGCACUGGAACUGAAGAAUGUGGGCGAAUCAACGAAGAUAGAGGGAUCCAACGCCUGGAGGCCAUGCUGUUUGCUAUCGAUGAAAUUAACAAAGAUGAUUACUUGCUCCCAGGAGUGAAGCUGGGUGUUCACAUUUUGGAUACAUGCUCAAGGGAUACCUAUGCUUUAGAGCAAUCACUGGAAUUUGUUAGGGCAUCUUUGACUAAAGUGGAUGAAGCUGAGUAUAUGUGUCCUGAUGGAUCCUACGCCAUCCAAGAAAAUAUCCCACUGGUCAUUGCAGGGGUCAUUGGCGGCUCUUACAGCAGUGUUUCCAUACAGGUGGCCAACCUCCUGAGGCUCUUCCAGAUCCCACAGAUAAGCUACGCGUCCACCAGUGCCAAACUCAGCGACAAGUCGCGCUAUGAUUACUUUGCCAGGACUGUGCCCCCCGACUUCUACCAGGCCAAAGCCAUGGCUGAGAUCUUGCGUUUCUUCAACUGGACCUACGUGUCCACCGUGGCCUCCGAGGGUGACUACGGGGAGACAGGGAUCGAGGCUUUUGAGCAGGAAGCCCGCCUGCGCAACAUCUGCAUCGCCACCGCGGAGAAGGUGGGUCGCUCCAACAUCCGCAAGUCCUAUGACAGCGUGAUCCGUGAGCUGCUGCAGAAGCCCAAUGCGCGCGUUGUGGUCCUCUUCAUGCGCAGCGAUGACUCCCGCGAGCUCAUCGCUGCUGCCAGUCGCGCCAACGCCUCCUUCACCUGGGUGGCCAGCGAUGGCUGGGGCGCACAGGAGAGCAUCAUCAAGGGCAGUGAGCACGUGGCCUAUGGCGCCAUCACCCUGGAGCUGGCUUCUCAACCCGUCCGCCAAUUUGAUCGCUACUUUCAGAGCCUCAACCCCUACAACAACCACCGCAAUCCCUGGUUCCGGGACUUCUGGGAGCAGAAAUUCCAGUGCAGUCUCCAGAACAAGCACAAUCACCGGCGCCCUUGCGACAAGCACCUGGCCAUUGACAGCAGCAACUACGAACAAGAAUCCAAGAUCAUGUUUGUGGUGAAUGCAGUGUAUGCCAUGGCCCACGCCCUGCACAAAAUGCAGCGCACCCUCUGUCCCAACACCACCAAGCUCUGCGAUGCCAUGAAGAUCCUGGACGGAAAGAAGUUAUACAAGGAUUACUUGCUGAAAAUUAACUUCACAGCUCCAUUCAUCACAAAUAAAGGUGCAGAUAGCGUUGUCAAGUUUGACACUUUUGGAGAUGGAAUGGGACAAUACAACGUGUUCAAUUUCCAGUAUGUGGGUGGCAAGUAUUCCUACUUGAAGGUUGGUCAUUGGGCAGAAACCCUAUCACUAGAUGUCAACUCUAUCCACUGGUCCCGGAACUCAAUCCCCACUUCCCAGUGCAGUGACCCCUGCGCACCCAAUGAAAUGAAGAACAUGCAGCCAGGGGAUGUCUGCUGCUGGAUCUGCAUCCCCUGUGAGCCCUAUGAAUACCUGGCUGACGAGUUUACCUGUAUGGACUGCGGCCUUGGGCAGUGGCCCAAUGCAGACCUCUCUGGCUGCUUUGACCUUCCUGAGGACUACAUCAGGUGGGAGGAUGCCUGGGCCAUUGGUCCGGUCACCAUUGCCUGCCUGGGUUUUAUGUGCACAUGCAUGGUUGUGACUGUUUUUAUCAAGCACAACAACACACCCUUGGUCAAAGCAUCGGGCCGGGAGCUCUGCUAUAUCUUGUUGUUUGGGGUUGGCCUAUCAUAUUGCAUGACAUUCUUCUUCAUUUCCAAGCCAUCACCAGUCAUCUGUGCAUUGCGCCGACUAGGCCUGGGGACCUCCUUCGCUGUCUGUUACUCAGCCCUGCUGACCAAGACAAACUGCAUCGCCCGCAUCUUUGACGGGGUCAAGAAUGGCGCUCAGAGGCCCAAAUUCAUCAGCCCGAGUUCUCAGGUUUUCAUCUGCCUGGGUCUGAUACUGGUGCAAAUUGUGGUCGUGUCUGUGUGGCUCAUCCUGGAGGCUCCAGGCACCAGGCGAUACACCCUUCCAGAAAAGCGGGAAACAGUCAUUUUAAAAUGCAAUGUCAAAGAUUCCAGCAUGUUGAUCUCACUUACCUACGAUGUGGUCCUGGUGAUCUUAUGCACUGUGUAUGCCUUCAAAACGCGGAAGUGCCCAGAAAAUUUCAACGAAGCCAAGUUCAUUGGUUUUACUAUGUACACCACAUGCAUCAUCUGGUUGGCCUUCCUCCCUAUAUUUUAUGUGACAUCAAGUGACUACAGAGUGCAGACAACAACCAUGUGCAUCUCCGUUAGCCUGAGCGGCUUUGUGGUCCUGGGCUGUUUGUUUGCACCCAAGGUGCACAUCAUCCUGUUUCAACCCCAAAAGAAUGUGGUCACACACAGACUGCACCUUAACAGGUUCAGUGUCAGCGGGACUGGGACCACAUAUUCUCAGUCCUCUGCAAGCACGUACAUGCCGACGGUGUGCAACGGGCGAGAAGUCCUUGACUCCACCACCUCAUCCCUGUGAUUGUGAAUUGCAGUUCAGUUCUCGUGUUUUUAGGUUGUCAGACGCAAGUACUCACAUGCAGCUCCGGAACGUGGAGAAAGAACUCCCCUUAGGACCUUUUUUUAGAAACAGUACAAUAAAUUAUUUUUGAGGACUGUACAAUAUAUAGUGACGUGCUAGAACUUUUUAGACUGAUUUUAGUGCCCCUCUUAUUAAUGAUUCCCCAGAACAUGGACAUAACCAUUGUUUACAGAGCUGAGUAUUUGGUGACAGGGUCUGACAGGGUCAGUCUAUUAGAAAAUACGGUGGCAAUAUUAGGUAACUUUUUUUCCUAUGAAGUUUUUUGUAGGUCCUUGUUGUAACUAACUUAGGAUGAGUUUCUAUGUUGUAUAUUAAAGUUACAUUAUGUGUAACAGGUGGUUUUUCUCAGCAAAAAACAAAAAGCAUCUGUAUUAAUGUAAAGAUAUUGGGAAUAAAACCUUCAAGGUUUUCCAGCA